AUGGAAAGUCUUAAUCUUUUGACUGCAUGUAAAAAGUUGGAUAGGUCAAAUACAUCUCCUGCUGAGAAAGUUGCUGCAAAAUCCCAACCAAGCAGCAAUCCAUCACUGUGGACUGAAGUACUCGGUUCCAGUGAAGAUCAGACCAUCCCAAUGCUGGUCACGGGGUUAAAAGGACUCAAAGUUAUCGAUGUGUCCUGUGGGAGUGGAGAUGCUCAGACCCUUGCAGUUACUGAAAAUGGUCAAGUGUGGUCUUGGGGUGAUGGAGAUUAUGGAAAACUGGGAAGAGGAGGCAGUGAUGGUUGUAAGACUCCCAAGUUGAUAGAAAAACUUCAAGAUCUGGACAUUGUGAAAGUUCGCUGUGGGAGUCAGUUUUCUAUUGCAUUAACCAAAGAUGGCCAGGUCUACACCUGGGGAAAAGGUGACAGUCAGAGACUUGGGCAUGGGACAGAAGAGCAUGUUCGAUAUCCCAAACUGCUGGAAGGCUUGAAGGGAAAAAAAGUGAUAGAUGUGGCAGCUGGAUCUACCCAUUGUUUAGCACUGACUGAAGAUAGCGAAGUGCAUAGCUGGGGGAGCAAUGAUCAGUGUCAACAUUUUGAUACUUUGCGUAUCACCAAGCCAGAGCCUGCAGCUCUCCCGGGAUUAGACACAAAGCAUAUAGUUGGAAUUGCUUGUGGGCCUGCUCAGAGUUUUGCUUGGUCAUCAUGUUCAGAAUGGUCAAUAGGCUUGCGGGUGCCUUUUGUGGUGGAUGUUUGCCCCAUGACAUUUGAGCAAUUAGAUCUGCUACUAAGACAAGUGACAGAGGGAAUGGAUGGAUCCUCUGACUGGCCCCCUCCUCAGGAAAAGGAGUGUAUGGCUGUGGCAACAUUAAAUCUUCUGAGGCUUCAGCUUCAUGCUGCCAUUAGUCAUCAGGUGGAUCCAGAAUGCCUUGGCUUAGGUUUGGGCAGUAUCCUGCUCAAUAGCCUGAAACAGACUGUGGUAACGUUGGCAAGCAAUGCUGGGGUCCUUAAUACAGUGCAAUCGGCUGCUCAAGCAGUGCUGCAGAGUGGAUGGUCUGUGUUACUGCCAACAGCGGAAGAGCGGGCUAGGGCGCUCUCAGCACUCUUACCCAGUGCAGUUUCAGGAAAUGAAAUGAACGUAAGCCCAGGACGUAGAUUUAUGAUUGACCUCUUGGUGGGCAGCUUGAUGGCUGAUGGAGGCUUAGAGUCUGCGCUAAAUGCUGCUAUCACUGCAGAAAUUCAGGAUAUUGAAGCAAAAAAAGAAGCACAGAAAGAAAAAGAAAUUGAUGAACAAGAAGCAAAUGCAUCAACGCUUCAUAGGAGCAGAACUCCAUUGGACAAAGACCUUAUUAAUACUGGAAUCUAUGAAUCUGCAGGAAAACAGAGUUUACCAUUAGUUCAGUUAAUUCAGCAGUUACUAAGGAACAUAGCUUCACAGACGAUAGCCAAACUAAAAGAUGUUGCUCGUCGCAUUUCUUCCUGCAUGGACCAAGAACUUUAUAGCAAGGAGAGAUCUGCUUCUCUGGAUCUGUUACUCCGUUUUCAGCGUCUGCUUGUUAGUAAACUUUACCCAGCAGAUUGUGUUGGACAGGUCCCUAAUACAUACAUGCUAGUACUGAGUGGCAUCGUUUCAGAAGAGUUUGAAAGUUUUUGA